GAUGAAAACUGCAGUGAUAUGUUUUGAGGAAGACAGAAAGGACUGGGUUGGACACCUUUCACGUUGCGUUGUUGGAUGCACACCUGGAAUAUGUGCUUCUGGAGCCAGGCAAACUUUAGAGGGACCUAAACAUCUGGGUUCAACUGCUCUUCGGCUCAGAGGCUUUUCCGCACGACACUUCCAUUUUCUCCUAAUCCACUCCUGUGGAUCCAAGGCUCUACACAAUGAGCGAUGGCAAAGAGAAACCCCAGGGCAGCAAAAAAGGGCCCAAUGUCAAGCCUACAAGUAAGGGCAGCUUCAACCUGGGAACUACAGAGCGACGACACAAGCCUCUUAGGAGAAGCCGCAGCAACGAGGCGGAAAACCGGCGUCGUGAAGGUAGCCGGGGUAGAGAACGGGACCGGAAGGAGAGCGUAAAGCAACAGCGGGGUCGGAGCGAGGAGGGAAGGAGGCGAGAUCGCGACCACGAGCCUGGACACGACAAGACGGAGCAACCCAAAGACGACCUGGAAGACACCGAGUGCAUUGUGUGCUUCUGCAGCUUCGACAACGUCUUCAAGACUCCCAAGUUACUUUCCUGCGGACACACGUUCUGCCUGGAGUGCCUGGCACGCAUCAACGUCAAUUCUCCCGAGGUCAAGAUGCUGAUUUGCCCCAUCUGUCGGGAGCUGACGGUAAUCCGACACGGCCGAGAUCUGCCUCACUUGGGAAAUAACGAAGAGAUCUUCCGGAAACUUCCGGCCGACAUGCAGAGGGCGCUUUCGGUGCGCUUUAAACGCAGCCAGGGUAAACUCAUCCUUAAGAAUCCCACACCAAACAGCUUUAUUAAGACCAGCUUACACCUGCCGGUGUUAAAGAAGAAGGAGGAGCAGGCCGGUAACCCACUUGGAGUCAUGGAGGAAGGUCUGGGCCAGGCGACUAUGAUCGACGUGGGAAGACCGCCCAGCAGGAUGAGGGGUCGCAUGAGAAGGUUAAUGUAUUCCAAUCAGUGCUAUUAUGCCGUACUUGGAGCCAUUAUCGUAAUCACCGUGGCUCUGAUGCUGAUCGGCAUCUUCACCUUUGUGGUGAUGCCCUUUAUGCAUAAACCAGUUACACCAAUCCAGAACCUAACUACUCCAAGCCAAUCACCUUAAGGGAUGAUGAAAACACACAGCACCUAAGAAGGAUGUCGGGCAAAGCAAACAAGCUAAAUUCUUAUAGUUGAGCCUGUUGCAUUGAACACAACACUGCAUGUUUUGUAUGUGUUUGUGUUAGAAGCUUCAGACUGGCUCGAUUGGAAU